AAAAAUUAUUUUAAAAUCAGUUAAGAACAAGAAAUAAGAACAAAAAGUAAUAAGAUAAAUAAAAAAAAAAGUCAAAAUUAUUCAAAUGAAUAAAAAAGAAAACAGAAAUAAUGAUGCAGUACAAUCAGUAAGUGCAGCUCAGUGAAGAAAUGCACAGCUAAACAGAUGUGUUUUCAGUCUGGACUUGAAUGUUGCUACUCUUGGUGAACACCUGACCUCUUCUGGAAGCUGGUUCCAGAUGCGGGUGUCAUAAAAGCUAAACGCUGUCUCACCUUGUUUUGAGUGAACCCUCUGUAUUUCUAACUGACUUGAUCUUAAUGAUCUGAGAGGUAUGUUAGAUAUAUAUUCAACAAGCAUAUCUGCAGUGUAUUAAGUCCUAGGCCAUUGAGUGAUUUAUAAACAAGUAAUAGUACUUUAAAAUCAGUUCUAAAUGUAACUGAAGCCAGUGUGAAGACAUGAGGACUGGAGUAACAUGCUCAGAUUUUUUGGUUAGGGUAAGAAUCCUGGCAGCAGCAUUUUGAAUGAACUGCAGCUGUCUAAUGGUAUUUUUGGGAAGGUCAGUGAGGAGUCCAUUGCAGUAAUCCACCCUACUGGUGAUAAAUGCAUGAACAAGUUUCUCUAAGUCUUGAUACUUGAUACAAAAUAUCUAAUUCUCACAAUAUUUUUUAGAUGAUAAUAGGCUGAUUUAGUUAUUGAUUUGAUAUGAUUACUGAAACUAAUACUAACAACUAAAAUCAGUCACUUUCAUAAUAGCUUAUAGUUACGGUUUUAUGCUAUUCACAGUGCUGGGUUUACAUGGUAGUGGAUUACAUGUAAUCUGAAUUAGGUAAUCAGAUUACAAAAACAAGUACUUGUAAUUGGAUUAAAUGACAUUUAAAAAUACUCGUUAUUGGACUACAGUUACUUUUUUAUAGAUUACAUGAUUACAUAUUAACAAGGCAACGGCAGUAAAUUGUUAAUAACUUAUUGAUCAUUUUCAUAUCAAUAUCAUCAUAUUCUUCCCCCGAAGUGCAAUAGUCUCACAGAUGAACAUUUUGAGCAUGUGCUCCUUUUAUGUUACAACAGUAAGAUAUGCACCUCAGAUAAGGAAUAGGUGAUGGACUUUUACUAAGUAGUAAGUGUUAAAAGUAAGUGUGUCAGAGUUUUGAGCUGUUAGCUUUGACCUAGCAAUGUCAUUGCUGUGAUUUCAGGUUCAUUAAUGUUUCUAUUGUUUUAUGCACUUAAAACGAACUGGAUAUGUUUUAAAAAUAUAUGUAUGAUUUCUUACUACCUCACCAAUGGUGUGCAGCUCACACAUUGAAUUUAACUGCUUCAGAGGAUCUAGUAGCUGCCAUCUCUAAGGGUCCUGCCCGCAGGGUACAUGAUAGUUCAAAGAAUGGAUUGCAUUUUUUCCUCUUUGUACUUUUAUGUUAAAAUGAUGAUUAUCCUUCAAAUGCAUGUGACACAAAAUAAAAAAAGAAUUAGGUUGUAGUAAAGUAAUCAAAAAGUAAUUGGAUUAGAUCACUCCAAAAAUGUAAUCUACGAGAUUGUUACUGAUUGCAUUUUUUGUCAUGUAAUCUGUAAUCAGUCCCUGAUUACAAUUCACAUGUUAUCUGCACAUCACUGGCUAUUCAACACUUUCUUCCUGGUUGCAUUACAAAUACUAAUAUUUGCACAGUGUUAUUUGUUAAACAAAAUAAAUAAAUAAAUAAAUAAAUUAUGCUUUGUUACAUUCUGGUUGCUGUUAUUGUACAUUUGUACUGUUCAGUGUCUGCUGACAUCUUUGAACAGCUGGGGGUGUUUGUUCUGUUGUAAUUCAGGAAAUAAGAAAUAUCUGACGGAUUCAAUCAGUGUACUUCUAAACAGCCAGGGGGAGUGUGUAAAUGUUCUGCCUCUUACGCAACACAUUGAAGUGUGUAUAUAUUGCCUAAUCCAUACAGAUUUGUGUCGGUACAAAAUGUCUUUGAAGUGUGUCCUGCAGUAUUGAAAACCAGAGUACACAACUGAUUUGUAUUGGCAGACAAUUGAGGCCUCCCUGCAUGUGCAAUUAGACCCCUGCAAAUGAUCCAGAAUGCAGCAGCACGUCUGGUCUUUAAUCAACCAAAGAGAGCACAUGUUACACCACUCCUUAUCUCUCUUCACUGACUGCCGGUUAAUGCACGUAUCGAGUUCAAGGCUUUGAUGCUGGCAUACAGAACAGUCACUGGGUCUGCUCCAGCAUACCUAAAUCAUUUCUGCAGAGCUACGUGCCUACUAGAAGCCUGCGGUCAGCUAAGGAACAUCGCCUUGUUGUACCAACACAAAGAGGCACCAGAACACUUUCCCGGACUUUCGGCUUCAUUAUACCACGUUGGUGGAAUGACCUUCCCAACUCCAUCCAUGAAGCUGACUCACUUUCUGUCUUCAAAAAAUGGCUAAAAACACAUCUUUUCCAUGAGCACUUAACCAGGCACUUGAAUCUGUUUUGAAUGCUAUUCUGAUGCUAGUGAAAUGUUGUAAUAUGGCACUUUUUGUACCACUGUCUCCUUAAGAUGAUUCGCUUAUGUGUUCCUCUUUUGUAAGUCGCUUUGGAUAAAAGCGUCUGCCAAAUGAAUAAAUGUAAAUGUAUCACACGAAAAUGAUGUUAACACAUAUUUUUUACAUCUUGUGGCUAUACUUUUAAAACAGUCUUUUAACGUUUACGGUUUGGCCCCAUUCACUUCCAAUGUAAGUGUCUCACUGUAACCCAGAUUUUUUUAAGAAAAGGGUUGUCAAAAUUAAUUUUUGUGGUAAUCAAUAAAUGCUGCUGACUGACCUUAACUUGUAUUGAACCAGGAAUAUUCCUUUAAAUAAAAAAUGAACCACCUCAUACAAUGCCACCAAAAUAUUUUGGUCUUGAUGUCUUUUAAACAAAAUAUCAAACCAAGUGUCAUAUGCAAACAAAGCUUUUCUCAGAACUAACUUUUCUGAGCAAUUUUUGCUAUGACUUAUAAGAACUGAUGUUAAAGUGAUUUAUUUUUACUUUUUCUCCCAAUUUGGCAUGCCCAAUUCCCAGUGCGCUUUUAAGUCCUCGUGGUCACGUAGUGAUGCGCCUCAAUCCUGGUGGCGGAGGAUGAAUCCCAGUUGCCUCCGCGUCUGAGACCAUCAACCCGUGCAUCUUAUCACGUGGCUUGUUAAACGUGUUGCCACGGAGACAUAGUGCGUGUGGAGGCUUCACGCCAUCCACCGUGGCAUCCGCGCUCAACUCACCACGCGCCCCACCGAGAACGAACCACAUUAUAGCGACCAUGAGGAGGUUACCCCAUGUGACUCUACCCUCCCUAGCAACCGGGCCAAUUUGGCUGCUUGGGAGACGUGGCUGGAGUCACUCAGCACGCCCUGGGAUUUGAACUAGCGAACUACAGGGAUGGUAGCCCCCCAGGUUCACACAGAUUCGAUAUCUACAGGAAAGUGCCCAAAGAUCUUACCCAGCCAACGUAUACGGGAGCUUUCAUUUCAAUAUGCUGCUGUGUCUUCAUGUUGUUCCUCUUUCUCUCCGAACUGACAGGAUUCAUCGCCACAGAAAUAGUAAAUGAACUGUAUGUUGAUGACCCUGAUAAGGACAGUGGUGGGAAGAUAGAUGUGAGUUUAAACAUCAGUUUGCCAAACUUACACUGUGAUUUGGUGGGUUUGGACAUUCAGGAUGAAAUGGGGCGACAUGAAGUGGGCCACAUAGAUAAUUCGAUGAAAGUGCCUCUCAGCAAUGGUUACGGAUGCCGCUUUGAAGGAGAAUUCAGUAUUAAUAAAGUUCCAGGAAACUUUCAUGUCUCAACACACAGUGCGACUGCUCAGCCACAGAACCCCGAUAUGACUCACAUCAUCCAUAAACUCGCAUUUGGAGAGAAGCUUCUGGUGCAAAAUGUCCAGGGGGCUUUUAAUGCUUUGGGCGGAGCUAACAGACUUGAGUCCAAUGAAACUCGUCAGUCAAUCAUUGUUUUGAGGAAUGAAGGCUAUACAAUGCUUGAAGAUUUCAUACAAAGGUGUACACUACAGUCUUCAAAGACAGAGGACAACUGGAUCUAUCAAGGACAGAAAGAGAUGUGGAAGGCCAGAUGUACAACUAAACAAGAGGAUAAGUACAUCAGAGUCUCUAGUUUGAGAAAUAGACGCCUCACAUGUCCUCGGCUGACAGCUUCAUUGAAUUCUACCUGCUCAACACCAGUUUCAUGUACAACAGUAAAGAGAAGACUCAGGAGUGCAGGCCUUAUGGGAAGAAUUGCAAAGAAAAAGCCACUUUUGAAACAGAAAAACAAAAAGAAAAGGUUAGAGUGGGCAAAGAAACACAGACACUGGACAACAGAUAAUUGGAAAAGAGUGUUAUGGAUCUUAACCCCAUUGAGCUUUUGUGGGAUCAGCUAGACUGUAAGGUGCGUGAGAAGUGCCCGACAAGACAGCCACAUCUAUGGAAAGUGCUACAGGAAGCGUGGGGUGAAAUGUCACCUGAGUAUCUGGACAAACUGACAGCUAGAAUGUCAAGAAUCUGCAAAGCUGUCAUUGCUGCACAUGGAGGAUUUUUUGAUGAGAACUCUUUGAAGUAGUUUAAGAAGUUCUGAUUUUUUUUUUUUCAAAUUGUAAUAGUAAUUUUUCAUGUUAUUAAUGUCCUGACUAUACAUUGUGAUCAGUUGAAUGCCACUUUGGUGAAUAAAAGUACCAAUUUCUUUCCAUAAGAGCAAAAUCUGUACAUUAUUCCAAACUUUUGGCCGCCAGUGUAAAAAUGUGUGGAUUUCAUUGCAUUAGAUAUCAAAAUAUCAAACCAGGUGGCAUUUGGAAACAAAUGGUGCUACAGCUUUUCUCAUAAUGAACUUAAGCUGUUUUUGCAAUGACUUUUAAGCAAUUGAUGUCACUGUCAUUUUAAUGGAUUAAUGAAGUCAGUUCACCUCAGAUUCAUACAGGCAUCCUGGCAGAGUUAGUAGAUGAUCCACUAACGUUUGUCUAGAAAGUGUCCAAAUAUUUUGUCUUAAUUUUCAUCACUUUAUGUAUUUUAUAAAUGUAAAAUAAUAAAUGUAGUGCCAUUCAUAUAUUUAA